AUGAAGUUCUCCAUUGCCAUCCUCCCCAUUAUUGCUGCCCUGGGCAUGGCCAGCGUUAUGGACGAGAAGUCCACUGCGAAGUCCGCUGCUUCCUCUUUGAUUGAUGCUGCUUCUCCAAAGGCAGAAGUCUGCUGCAACACCACUCCCUGUUUCGUUGGAUGCCCGUCAACGGCGCCUUCGCGCUUUGCUGCUAAGCCUAUGUCGCGAUAG